CAACAGAAACUUUGGGCUCAAACAAAACCUCAAAUUCAAAUAAUCAAUGUUUUCUAAUUAUUAGAUCGUUACCAGACACACUGAAUAGUUUUCUGUUGUAUCUGCAAGGGAAAAAAAGGAUUUAGGAUUGAUACAUAUCUCAGAUUAAUUUAAUUGUGAGUAUGAACAUUUGAUGGUGAGCACAUUUAGGGAAGGGCAUCUUGAUGAGGGGUGGGAGCCAAUGUAUAAACCAGGAAUUUCAUAAUUUUAAGUAUGUGGUUCCCAUUCGGUUAUGCACAGUGGAGGGAUAACCUAGACAGAGUUGGUCUGAGGUUGCCUGAUCUAAUUGUGAAUCUUUAUUGAUUGAAUGCUGGGAUCUCCAUUCCCAAUCAAACCCUAAAGGUGGAUCAAGCCAAAUGUCCUUUGGCCCAGAACCCUGUUUCCACAAAGGUCAGAGCAGGAUGUCCGGGUGGUCGUAACCAUAGUUUCCUUACGCCUUCUGAACAUGGAGGCUCUAUUGAGUGACCUUGUAAAGGGCAGCCCCGAACUAACGACCUCCGCAGAAUCGCGAGGCGGCCGCAGGAUGACUCUUCCCGGGCCUCCGUUUGCGCCCAGCCGCCUUCUCCCGUCCCCGGGCUGACGGAUGACUAAGAGCAACGCGCUGCGAGAGGAUGAUCAUGGGCGGAGAAGGGACAGGUCUGAGCAGAGUCCGACGGUGUGGCUGGGCGGGAGAGGAAGGAGGCGCCCCCCGGGGGUAGGAGGGGAGCGGGGAACCGCCAGAGAACCCGAGCGGGGAACGGCGAAGCUCAGCCUCCCCGCCCAGGCACCGGGCCGGGAGCCGUACUAGCUCGAAGGCUCGGCCCCGCCGCCUUCCGUUGGCUCUCCCGGGAGGCGCGCCUAGGUCUCGGGCACUGCUCUCCGCUCCGUCCAUGCCGCUUUCUCAAGCAGAGGCUCCCUGAGCCGGGCUCCCUCUUCUUUUGCCUCCUUUCCGAUGUCGGGCCCCCGCAGCGCCUUGCAGGCCUGGUGCCGCCGCCAAUGCGAGGGUUACCCGGGCGUGGAGAUCCGAAACCUCAGCAGCUCCUUCCGGGAUGGCCUGGCCUUUUGCGCCAUCCUCCAUAGGAACCGGCCUGAUUUGCUGGACUUUACUUCCCUGUCCAAAGAAAAUGUAUAUGAGAACAAUCGUUUGGCAUUUGAAGUGGCUGAACAAGAACUGGGGAUCCCUGCCUUGUUGGAUCCCAAUGAUAUGGUCUCCAUGAAAGUUCCUGACUGCCUCAGCAUCAUGACAUAUGUGUCCCAGUAUUACAACCAUUUUAAUAACCCUACCCAAGCCAGAGUCGGCAUCCCUGUGAAACACCCAGCUGUUGUCUCCUCACCGAUUCUGCGAACUGACAAACCUUUGUCUGUACUUGAAGCUACAUCUACAUCCCAGGACAGUGUUACUGAAAGCCUGGCAGAGGAUUCCUCGCACACUUUCCUUAGCAGCCCUUGUGCAGCUUGCCAGCAACACGUUCACCUGGUUCAGCGCUAUUUGGCUGAGGGCAAACUUUACCACCGUCAGUGUUUCAGAUGCAAGGAAUGCUCCAGCACCCUCAUUCCUGGAUCUUACAAACCUGGACCUGAAUUGGGCACAUUUGUGUGCACCCAGCAUUGCGGUAAGCUGAGCAAACUGAGUGGGAAGACUGAGCACCAGCUAACUCCAGAACCGCCACUUGGAAAGGAAAGUACAGAAGCUGGGACAGUGAGUAAUGAGAUGGAAGAAAAGAAUGGCAUCUCAGAAAGUCACUUAUCAGCCAUGGAAGAAAUGGGCAAAAUGGGGGAAAGAACUGUUGGCGAAGUAAGCACAGAGCUUGAGAUACCUUGCAUCCGGCCAAAGAAUGAAGUGCCCACUUCCACUUCUGGCUCUUGCUUACAGUUGCCUCCCAAGCCUCCUAUACCAACCAAGCCACCAACACUUAUCCAAGAAAAGGUUAGCUUGCAACAUGGGCAGCUCAAAGAGCCUCGACCUACCCCUGCCCCUCGGAGGAGCACAGACCCAGCCAGUCUGUCACCACUGAACUUAUAUCCUGUCCCAAGGCCCAGAGCCAAUAUGCAAAAUGAGAGUUCCAGUGAGCCACCAUCUGAUUUGGUCAAUGGUAAAUUUCCUGAGCUCAGCCCUCCAGUUCCAAAGCCCAGAAGCAGACCUUCUUCCUCAGACCGCUCUGGUGAAUUGCUAAGGCCCAGAGACCCUCCAUGGAUUGCACUGGUUCAGACAGAAUCCAGGAAGAAGCCGGCUCCUCUACCACCAGGCAAUAGCAAAGGAAGCUCCCCAGUGGCCUUCGAAGAGAAUGAAGAUAGAGUAGAAGGAGGAAAGGCACAGAUCAGGGAAGACAGAGCUGUCCUGGAAGAGCCAAAGCCUUAUAACCCCUUUGAAGAUGAAGACGAGGAAGAGGAGGAGAAGGAAGUUGUCAUAUCACAGAACACGCAAAAGCAAGAGCAAAGGGAGGGUGGUCUCAAGCCUACUCAUCCCUGGUACGGCAUUACUCCCACAAGCAGCCCCAAGACAAAGAAGCGACCAGCUCCAAGAGCACCCAGUGCCUUCCCACUUGUUCACCAUCCCAUCUCCAGGCUUUCGCACUCAGAACCAUCUUCUUCCACGCCGUCCCCAGCCCCCAGCUUGGAGAGUAUCACAUCUGAAUGUUUGGCCAAGGCUGCUGAUAACCUGAACGAUGGCUCUGUGCCGAAGAGCUCCUCUGAGCCUACAGUCCAUGCUCCAGCUGCUUCCAUCCUUUCCCAUUCGGACUCCCCGCUGAUCAGUGUCCCUUCUGGUGAGGGACCUACAGUUCUGCCCGCCUGUUCUACCGAUUCCUCUUUAUCGUCAUCCAGUGAUUUGAUGGGCAAUGGGGAUGAGGCACAAGGUGGACAUUUACAGACUGGCAGAAUUUGUUUGUCUGGGAACUUGAAAACCAGCCCUGGGAAUACCUUUCCUAAGCCUCCUGCUGGAGCAUCUCCCACACCCAUUCUCUUGGCAUCAGAGUUGAACAGUGGGUCUGCAAGUAACUCUCCUUCACCCAAAGCACAGCCAAAGUCAUCCUGUAAGGAGAAUCCCUUCAACCGGAAGCCAUCACCUGCCGCUUCCCCUUCUAUUAAGAAAGCUUCAAAGGGACCCAAACCAGCAAGGCCUCCUGCUCCUGGACAUGGUUUCCCACUAAUAAAAAGGAAGGUUCAGUCAGAUCAGUAUGUUCCAGUGGAGAAUAUUUAUGGUGAAAUGGACAGCAUUGAGCAGCAGCUGGAUGAGUUAGAACACCGAGGAGUUGAGCUGGAAAGGAAACUCCGGAGCAUGGAGAAUGAUAUCCCUGAAGAUAGUUUGCUGGUGGAUUGGUUUAAGCUGAUUCAUGAGAAACAUAUGCUAGUGCGUCGGGAGUCUGAACUUAUCUAUAUUUUUAAGCAGCAGAACUUGGAGCAACGUCAAGCUGAUGUGGAGUAUGAACUGCGAUGUCUUCUUAAUAAACCUGAUAAAGACUGGACAGAUGAUGACCGGAUCAGAGAGAAGGUAUUGAUGGAAGAGCUUGUAACCAUUAUUGAACAACGGAAUGCCAUUGUCAACAGUCUGGAUGAGGAUCGGCAAAGGGAGGAAGAGGAGGAUAAAAUGUUGGAAGCCAUGAUUAAAAAAAAAGAAUUUCGCAAGGACUCCGAGGCUGAUAGCAAGAAGAAAGGAAAAUUCAAACCAAUGAAAGUGCUGAAGUUACUUGGAAAUAAGCCUGACUCAAAAAGCAGAUCCCCCAAGGAAAAAAGCUAAAGCAGCUGGUGUGCCUAGCAAGUAGGAUGGCUUCCUGCUUUUGCCCAUUUUUUUUAAAGAGGUUGUGCCUUGCCAUACACCAAAGCUGGCUUUAUCUCGGAAAAAUCCACCACCUUCCACAGCAGCAGGUGUUAGAAAAUGGGGAAAUAUGGCAAGUCUUAUGAGCACAUUACAAAGCGGGACAGACAUGGUGGGAAGAAGCUGUUUGCCAUUUUCUCUUUCAAGGUGGGGAUGGGAAUGGACAAAUAAAUAGCUUUAGACUUCCUCAGUUGUGCACCUAUUAUCUUUGACUGUUCAGAACUUUAAUCAUGUGUGCUUUGGGGGAAGUUGCACUAAUUGUCCCCUCCUUUAACUGUGAUAGUCACAUGUGCCUAAUAAUCUCUUUGGGGGAGGGAGGGAGGAGGAAGGGAAUCCCCACUGUAGUUUGGGGAGCCUCUGGUUAUCUCUCUAGAAUUCCUUUUCUUAUUCUUUUCUCCUCUUUGAUCAUUCAAUUAAAUAAUAAUAAUAAUAAUUGGGCUUUCAGGGCAGAUUUUUGUUGUGGUCUUAAAUUUUUAAAAUAUUUUGACCAUAGAAGUCUAUUAUAAAGUCAGUAAAAACAGCCAAAAAUCUAACCAGUGCUCUUAUUUCUGGAAGAUUUCUCUGCCACCAAAGAAGAUAUUAUGCUGUGAAUGCCGAUUCUCUUGGCAACCAGUUAACAAACCAGAGGAAAGACUAAGGCAGCUUUGACCUCUGUUGUAAAGCAAAUUGUGGAGGAUAGGUUUGUGCAGGUGUGAAUGGAAAACAACUGGAUCUUUUUAACCCUCUUAGUUGCUUCUGCUUCUGCUGCUAUUUAUAUCAGGGGACACAGCAGGCUGAGACAAUACUCAUUGCCUGCCAAACAUUAGAGCCAGAAGAGGAUGUCAAGCUGUCUUCAAUAUCAACAAGGUACCACUGUAAUUCUUCUUAGCUCCCUCCCCUAAGGGUUUAUGUGCAUGGUUUUUUUCCCUAAGAGUGCAAAAGAUCUUUACAAUUUUUGUAGCCAAACUCCCUCUAUCUGACUUUCAGCUUUUUUUUUUAGUUUUGUGUGUAUGUAUGAAUUCAGAGGGGAGAAUGUCUAUUUUUUUCCUCUUCUGGCUUCUCUAACUUGAGGGACUAUUUAUUGAGAUGUUUGUUUGGUCUGAGUUAAAUGUUGAUAAUAUUGUAGAUGUUGGUUUGAGUUCUCAUUAGCAAAUGCUGUGCUGCUUUAUUCAAAUGUGACAAACUGGCAAACAGUCCUUGACUGUGAUAUUCAGCCUGGAGUGCCCUCCCUAACUUGGAGCCCUCCAGAUGUGUUAUGCUACCAUUUCCAUCUGGUCAGCCAGUAUGUCAUGUUAAUACUAGUUUGGGAAUGAUGGAUAAUUCAACACAUCUGGAAAGCAGCAGUUAAGGUCUAGACCUUUUCAAAGCAGAACUGAAUUCAUUGGUGGUGUCAGCUCUGAUUGGGACCACCUUCUCAGCCUCUACAACAGGGGUGUCAAACUUGUGGCCUGCAGGGCGAACGCGUCACGCGCUGGCCACCCCCACCCCCAGUUUAGCGAAGGGGAAAAAAGUAACAAUACAUGACACAAGUUUGACACCCCUGCUCUACAAGUACAGUAGCCACCAUCUAAUUCUUGCUCUCAGCUACAAGAUUGUCCAAUGCACAGCCCUUCCUUUUAUAAAGUAAAACAAGUCAAUCUUUUAAAAUGUCCUCAGAUACAUUCCCAUCAGAAAUUAUCAUGGUGAACAUAAUUACCCGGUGUUAACUGCAAUCUCCACUGAUGGGCACAGAUGAAAUAAAUAAAACUGAUAAAACCCUA